AUGGAGGACCGAAGUGGGCAAGUCUUGGGCAUCGCCCUCACAUUCAUGGUCUUAGCAUGGCUCACUGUCAGCCUUCGCUGCUAUGUGCGCAUCUUCAUGGUGAAGGGUUUCGGCAUCGAUGAUUACACAAUGCUCCUUACACUAUGCUUCUUCACAUCAUACCUCGUGUCCCAAAUCGGCGGUGCUUUACAUGGCACUGGUGUACGCCGUGAGAAACUUACAGAUAAAAGCGCCCAAACAGCCCUGCACUUCUGGUUUUUCUGCGAGGUCUUCUAUACACUUUCGACGUGUAUGCUCAAAAUCUCCGUUGGUUUCUUUUUACUGCGCAUCACCAUCGUCCGAAUCCACGUAUGGAUCAUCCGCAUGAUCAUGGUCGUCUCAGCAGUCGUGGGAGUCGCGUAUACUUCAGUCGUCAUCUUCCAGUGCAAACCAACCUCAUAUUGGUGGGAUCUGGAUCCUACCCAUCACGGCACUUGUCUCUCCUCAACACUGGUCAUGAACUUCACAUUCGUAGUAUCGGGUCUAAACUCGUUUGCGGAUUGGGUAUUUGCAGUGCUCCCUAUCCUUAUCGUCAAGGAUCUGCAGAUGAAGAAGCGCAUGAAGUUCGUCGUGGCCGGAGUCAUUGCUCUCGCAGCAGUUGGCUGCACAGCAACCAUCGCUCGUCUUCCCUAUACAAGAACACUAAAGGGAUACAAGGGAGACUUCCUCCACCGGACAACAGACUUCGCCAUGUGGAGCACAGUGGAAGUAGGGCUGGGCAUAACGGCUGGCUCCAUCGCGACGCUACGGCCACUCUUGAAACAGGCUUUCGAGAUCACCCGUUCAGCCUCAGCCAUGCCGUGGAGCAAACCGUCGCUCACAUCCGGUCAGCAACAGUCUGGAAAGGAGCUCUCCAACCUCAAGCCUUCGAUCCAGAAGUCCAUCACCAUCACAACAUCCCGUGCUCGGAGAGAAAGUGCCGGAUCUGACGAGGAGAUAAUUUUGGGCUCCAGUAUGCUAACUGAGUCAUGGCAGCAGCAGCAGAACCUACCUGGAUACAUCACAUCCAACUCGGUCGAUGAGCGCGUGGCGCGGUCACAAUCACAGAAAACCCACAAGCACAGGUCUAACGUAGAACGGAAAGGCAGUCCUGGUGGAGCCAGCUCGUCGACGAUCGACAGCAAUGAGUCGGGGAAGGCCGCACGAGGAUAUGGACAUGAACGCUUUUGA